UCAAGUGCCCUCGGUUUAGAGUAUGGCUUGGGUGUUCAGGUCGACGUUCAGAGGUUGAUGGUACGGACUGAACUGGGUUUCGGUAUCCCCCUUUCUCUCCCUAUAGGUUCUCAUCAUACUGGAGUCUUGUGCUGCAAAGCUGGGGCAGUGGAACGAAAUGAGAUCCAUCCUUUGCUGCUUGGCUGCCGGACGGGGCGUCCCGACGGUUGACAAUUCCACCCCCACUCCCACUCUUCCAAAACAAAGAAAUACCACCAGAGCCUCUGUUGGUCACAUGAGCUCAAGGCUCGCUCGACCGGCUUGGCAUUUGUCGAGGUUGACGCCUGACGGAGAAAUGGAGUUCGGAACGACUGUCGAGACUCUUGAUUCGUUGCACGCUUCCGCGGCUAACAUUAACAUUCAGGUGCUUUCCGAUUUCAGCCGGCAAUGCGCACACUCAGCGCUGGCGAGGUGGAAGGCAAGUUCGUGCAGGUCUCCAACUUCAUUUCAACUAGGAAUAUCAGUGGGGAAAAUCUGAUGAUUGAACACGAACCGUCAGUGUAGCGGAUAAAUACCAGGUAAGUAAAAGUGAGGAAAAGGCUGUCGUCGGCUGGCUUUUGCCCGAGGAUGAG